AUGGAAAAUAUUUCGUCAAGAAACGUACUGCAUUUUCUGGCAGGAGCUCCAAGUCCUGGUGCUUAUGCCACAGUUGAGAAUUUGCUUGCAUCGGGACGAUGUUAUGUCAAUGAGAGAGCAAAGGAUGGUAUAACACCUCUGCAUAUUGCUGCCGCUACUGACAACUUCCCAAUCUGUCAACUACUGCUAUCUUUCGGAGCAGACCCACUGUUACCAGAUGAAAAAGGAAGCACAUGUUCUCUUGCAGAAUUUGUAAGCGCAGUCUUUUACGUUGGCAAAGGAAAAAGAUCACGACCAUUAGAGCACCUGGUGGAUGCAGUACGUUAUAAAAACUUGGGCAAAGUAGUAUCGCCAAGAGCACAUUUGCAGGUAAUUCUUUUCUAUCCAAGAUUAAUCCAUGUUUUUGCUAUACUUCCAGAUUACAAUAUCUUAGGAAAGUGGUUAAGCAACUUAACUAACAUCAAACGAGGAGAUUAUUACGGUAAGGGCAAAACAUGGAGUAUUCGAGAAAAGACUGUUUUUGGCUCAUUUUUGUUGACAGAAGCACUGGGCAUCCUUCGCAUUGAAGGAUGUAGGCAGCUUUUUGAGCGGGAUGUUGCAGCCGUUUAG